AUGGCGUCGAACAGUGCGCAGAACCUGCGCAAGAAGCGAAAGAUUGCCGUGCUUGGCUCGCGGUCCGUGGGCAAAUCUUCGUUGGUCGUGCGCUUUGUCGAGGAUGCGUUUGUCGACUCGUACUACCCCACGAUUGAGAAUGUGUUUGAAAAGACGAUCAAGUACAAAGGCCAAGAGUUCUACUGCGACAUUGUCGACACGGCCGGGCAGGACGAGUACUCGAUUUUGAACUCGAAGCAUGCGAUCGGUAUCCACGGCUACGUGCUCGUGUACUCGAUCGCGUCGCGGGCCUCGUUCGAGAUGAUCCAGACGGUCUACGACAAGAUCCUCAACUACACUGGCACGGCGACCAUCCCGUGCGUGCUCGUGGGCCAGAAGAGCGAUCUGCACGCGCAGCGCCAAGUGCCCGAGGCCGAGGGCAAGGAGCUCGCGCAGCAGCUCAAGUGCGGCUGGGUCGAGACCAGUGCGCGGCACAAUACCAACGUCGCCAAGGUGUUUGAGUUGAUGAUUGGUGAGAUCGAAAAGUCGUCAAGCCCGACCGGCGCCGAGCCUCAGCCGAGCAAGUGCUGUGUUAUGUAG